CUAAGCUCGCGCCGAGAGACUGAGAGACCUGCUUUUCCAUUGCUGAUGUAAAUUUGACUAAUGCGCCAUUGCUUACCAGAGAAGCGCAUAAGACGAUUCCUCACGAUGCUAUUGCUGUGCACAUUGCAGCCCUUUUAUGCUAGAGUAACAUUCGCAAUGUGGAGAGAGGCAACGUAUCUCUAGGUCCUUGAUCAAAUAGAUUCAUCUUUUUCCUUUUAGACUAUUUACCUCUCUUCUUCUCACUCUCAUACCAAAGCCCGCUGAGAAGGGAUUCACGUACAAAUAUCACCCCUGGUCGCCGCCCCUCAUCAAUGAAGUCCCUCUCACUUUGGCUAUCCAUCAUUAUUGGAAUCGCAUCGAUUGUAACUUUUCGAGAAUACAUAGUGGGCGUAGCCUUCGCGACCGCAACGAGCUUCUUCAACUCUCUGAGCAAUAUUCAGGACGGAAGCGUAUUCGACUUUGAAGCCAAGUCUUCGCAGCAGCAGGAAUCACAAGUAGACCAUCACCUGUACGCCACCGACAUGUCCGUCCCUCGCGCGAUCCGCAAGGUCUUCUUGGCCGUGGAACAGGCCGAAGGCGCUGGUGCUCGUGUUCGCCGCUCCAUCGGCACCCCUCAACUUAAGAACUUUUCACCAUUCUUGAUGCUUGACCACUUCCGUAUCGCCCCCGGUUCGGGCUUCCCGGACCACCCCCACCGCGGCCAGGAGACAAUCACCUACCUCCUUCACGGCGGCGUUGACCACGAGGACUUUGCCGGCAACAAGGGCACUAUCGAGGCCGGCGACCUGCAAUUCAUGACGGCCGGCCGCGGCAUCAUGCACGCCGAGAUGCCCAAGCAGAACCCGGACGGCAGCGCCAACGUCGGUCUGCAGCUGUGGGUCGACUUGCCCAAGCACCUCAAGGCCUGUGAGCCGCGGUACCGCGACCUGCGAGCCAAGGAGAUUCCCACCGUCGACGUCGACGGCGGCAAAGUCCACGUCAAGGUCAUCUCGGGCCAGAGCCACGGGGUCGACUCGGUGCGGGAUCUGGCGUACACGCCCGUGUGGAUCUUGGAUGUCCAGAUCAAGCCCGGCGGGCGGAUCGCGCAGCCGGUGCCCAAGGGGUGGAAUGCCUUCGCGUACACGCUUGAGGGGCAGGCCAUCUUUGGCGAGGGGACGCAGAAGAGGGUCGUAGACGAGUUCCACAACGUCGUGUUUGAGGAGGAAGGUGAGAUUGUCAAUGUUGAGGUUGAUGCCGGCGCAGACAAGGACGCGAGGUUUGUUCUCAUUGCCGGGACACCUCUUGACCAGGAGGUCGUGCAGUACGGUCCCUUUGUUCUGAGUUCCAAGGCCGAGGUAUAUCAGGCCCUAAUGGACUACCAGACUCACUCUAAUGGGUUUGAGAGGGCCGAGGGCUGGCAGAGCGAGAUUGGAAAGUCCAUGAUUGAAUGAUGCGACGGGAUCCUGCGCCUUCUACUUGAUCUGUAGUUUAGAGCAUUAUGUAUUUUCAUCUUUUGGCAUUGAGCGGAGGGGCAUUUUCUUGGAUUGGCAGCAUCUCAAGGGAGGAAAACGAAAGUUGGGUGAGGUACCAUGGGGUUCAUAGACUUGAGAAAAAGAAAAUUUAUCAUUCAGAGGAGCGAAAGACGAACAGUGUCUUAUCACACAUUAUCACAUAUACAACUCACCCAUUGUUGUAUACCCUCUGGUA